UGGACUGUGCAGACUGCUACGAUUGGUUGUUGGUGAAUAAAAAAACAGUAGUGAUUUUAUUUUAUUGCCAAAGACACAAAGUACAAGUUUGGAGGAAAAUAAACGAGAAAAAAAACUACCUGUAAUGUUGUUAUUGUUUUGAGUUUACAACCACCGACCGAACAUUAUCAACAUAUGUGAAAAUCGGAGGCGGCGCAGACGGGCAAGAAAUGCCAACUCCAUGAGAAGCAGAAAAGAAGAAAAAAAAUACACAAAAUUAAUUGUAUACAAACUUAAUUGACAUACAUACAUACAUGCGUACAUAUAUUUUUGUGGAACGAAAUUAAUUGAGACCAAGAAUAUCAGGAUUUUGGAAAUUUGUAUGCAAUAAACGAGAUAAAAAAGUGCGAAUAUAAAACCGAAAGAAAUAAGAUAACAGAUUGUGGAUAUAAAAGAUAUUAAAUUGUUAAUUAAAAAAGUAACAAAAAUAAACUAAAAGCAAUGGCUGAAGUUCGACGCCGAAAAGUUGAUGACACCACUGCUGCUGGUGGUGCUGGAGAAGAUGAUGCAGCAAAUAGUUCGCUGGGAGCCAGUGCUGGAACAUCUGAGGCCGAUAAGCGUAAUUCAUCUGCAGCCGAAUCUUCGGAUCAUAUUGAAUCUGAAGAUGAAAAAUUACCUGAAGAAAAAUUUGUUGAAGAAUUGUCCAAGAACUUACCACAGGGCACGGAUAAAACUCCAGAAAUACUCGACUCGGCGUUAAAGGAUUUACCAGACAGAUGGAAAAAUUGGGUCAUUCGUGGCAUAUUCACUUGGAUUAUGAUUUGUGGUUUCUGUCUAAUCAUUUAUGGUGGCCCAUUGGCAUUGAUGAUUACGACCCUAUUGGUCCAGGUUAAAUGUUUCCAGGAAAUCAUUUCCAUUGGCUAUCAAGUCUAUCGCAUCCAUGGUCUGCCAUGGUUCCGUAGUUUAUCAUGGUAUUUCCUAUUGACUUCCAAUUACUUUUUCUAUGGCGAAAAUCUGGUGGAUUAUUUCGGUGUGGCCAUUAAUCGAGUGGAAUAUUUGAAAUUUAUGGUCACCUAUCAUCGUUUCCUUUCCUUUGCCCUGUAUUGCAUUGGUUUCGUUUGGUUUGUUCUGUCGCUGGUCAAGAAGUACUACAUGAAACAAUUCAGUCUGUUUGCCUGGACUCAUGUAUCGCUGUUGAUUGUUGUCACCCAAAGUUAUUUGAUUAUACAGAAUAUCUUCGAGGGAUUAAUUUGGUUUAUUGUGCCGGUAUCGAUGAUUGUGUGCAACGAUGUGAUGGCCUAUAUGUUCGGUUUCUUCUUCGGCAAGACACCGCUGAUUAAAUUGAGUCCCAAAAAGACCUGGGAAGGCUUUAUUGGCGGUGGUUUUGCGACAGUCAUUUUCGGCAUCAUUAUAUCAUACAUUUUGUGUCAUUAUCAAUAUUUCGUUUGUCCCAUUGUCUAUUCCGAAGAAUUGGGCAGCAUGUCGAUGAGCUGUGAGCCAAGUUAUUUGUUUACGCCACAGGAGUAUAGCCUGAGUGUGUUUGGCAUUGGAAAAUCCAUAAAAAUGAUACCAUUUGUAUGGCAUUCAAUCUCGUUAAGUUUGUUCAGUUCCAUAAUUGGUCCAUUUGGCGGUUUCUUUGCCUCUGGUUUUAAGAGGGCAUUUAAAAUUAAGGAUUUUGGCGAUAUGAUUCCCGGUCAUGGUGGCAUUAUGGAUCGUUUCGAUUGUCAAUUUUUGAUGGCCACCUUUGUGAAUGUCUAUAUAUCUAGUUUCAUAAGAACUCCAUCGCCAGCUAAAUUGCUAACACAGAUUUACAACCUGAAACCAGAACAACAAUUGCAGAUAUUUGAAUCACUUAAGGAAACUCUGGGUGAUGCUCUAAACUAAGCUAAUUUAUAGAUUUCAAAAAAAAAAAAAGAAACAAACGAAAAGGAACAACAACUCCAACGCUAAAAAAAAAUAUGGCAAACAAAUAUGUUUGUUUGUAUUCCCAUGAUCACUGAAAUUGGCUAUUUUUCCUUUAAAUAAUUUGUCUUUGCUUUAAUUUAAUUUUUUUUGUUAUGUUGUGUUUGGUUUUUUGUUCUUUUUUUGUUUUCAUUCCUUUUCCCCUCUAUGCCUUCUGCUCUGUUAUUCUAUUAUUAUUUCGUUUGUUUUUUUUUGAUCGAUUGACUGGCGCGUCAAUCUAAUGCAAUUAUGUUUAGACUCUUUUAAGUAGUCCUUUUUUUUAAUCAUAAUUCUAUUCGAUUGUAGCUAAUGUAAGUUAAGCCUUAAUUUAAAACAUAACGUUACUACUACCACGUACGCUGAUGAAUAGUUGUUUUAGUGUAUUUUUAUUAUUUUUUUUUCAGUUAAUAUUAUUAAAUACCAAAAUCAUCUAUUACAUAUAUUGUAUGUAAAGGAAGAAAUGCUGAAAUGAAAGAAAGCGUAUGCGAUUUUUUUAAACUAAGAA